AUGGCUUCUAGAUACGAUCCCGCUGAUAAUUCAUAUCAUAAUGAUAUGGAGGGUAAUGGUGUAAUAUGUUCAGUUGUUGACAUUCUCCCAACCGAGUUCGCGAAAGAGGCAUCCCAACAUUUUGGAGAUAUUCUAUUGCAAUUUAUUGGAAGCCUAGUUUCCAUGAAAGACAUUGAAGAAUUACCAGCAAAUUUAAGACGGGGUUGUAUAUCUUAUAGAGGAGUGCUCACUUCCUUGUAUGAUUAUAUUCCUCAAAUGCGAAACUCAGAUCUAGAAUAUCUAUCAGAAAAUCUUGUGGAUUCCAACUCUAAUAAGAAGAAAUACACUAUAUUGGUAUCUCUGAGUGGUCAUUUGUUUGAUCAAUUUCUGAUAAACGAGGUGUUGGAUGUUGUCGAAGCUGAAGGUGGCUCCUUUCACAUGGUUAAAUGUGAAGUUGGUCAAAGUAAAAAUGAUGUGUCUUACUCAACACUUGAAGUAAGUCUCUACCUCUUGCCAAGUUUGGUUGUUAAAGUGAUGGAAAUAGGAGAAGCAGCACCUCCAACUCUUGAAAACCCUGGCUGGUUUGGAGCUAAGCUCUCUGUGGAAAUUCUCCACUCAAAAGGCUCAGAAAGUGUUGGGAAAGUGACUGACCACUCCAACCAUGUAACCUUCUGUCGCCAACCACCCCAAAAGACCAGAAAAGCCCUCACUUAG